AUGUUCUUUUCUGGAGCUGACUUGAAACCAGCCUUCAGGCUAUCCAGGAGCAGCAUCAACAUGCUGGUCCAGAUGCUGCCCCGGCAAAAAGCCCAUGGAUGGAGCCAUGAAAUGGAGGUCCUGGUCACGGUGUACUGGCUUGCCUGUGGAGCUUCCUACAGGGUAACUGCAGACAUCUUUGCCAUGCCACUAGCCACCGUUUGCCGGACCGUCCACAACGUCGUGGAGGAAAUGAUGACCAUCCUCCACAGAGUCAUUCAUUUCCCCAAACCAGAGGAGAUGGAGGAGGUGGGGGCUGGCUUUGUUCGCCUUGCUGGCCAUGAGGCAUUCCGCUGUGCUGCCGGUGCCAUCGACGGUGCUAUGCAGGGCAUCUGUGAUGCCAAGGGCGCAUUUCUGGAUGUGUACAUUGGAAAUACAGGAUCUGUACAUGACGCACUUGUACUUAGAAGAUCUCCGAUGUACAAGCAGGCCCUGUAUCCACCAGCUGGGUACAUACUAUUAGGAGAUGGAGGAUACCCGUGCCUGCAGCGUCCUGUUGCCAUCAUGACACCAUACCGCCAGCCUGUAGCAAGCCAAGUUGAAGCCCGGUACAACAGGCACCAUGCAAAGGCAAGGAACAUUAUUGAGCGCACCUUUGGCAUUCUGAAAACGCGCUGGCGCUCCAUCUUCCUGAGGGCCCUGGAGAUCCGGCCUCUGUUCGCCCCGAAGGUGAUUGGUGCCUGCUGCAUCCUCCACAACAUGUGUGUGGCUGCAGGUGAGGUCACAGUGCGUGCAGCAGCAGGAAGUGAUGUCAUUUUACCCUGCUCCCUCGAAUCCAAGGAGAACAUCGUAGCAGGUGUCUUUGACUGGAAGAAAGUAGCUCAGAGAGAUCAAGGUCAGGAGGUUUUCCUUUAUGAUGCAGGUGAUCAUUACAACAACGGCCGUGAAGGUCAGAGCGAGCAGUUCAGAGGACGAGUCUCACAUUUCCCAGAUGACCUGAAACACGGCAACGCCUCCAUAGUCAUCAGAAAUGCCAAGGUGGCAGACAGUGGAGAUUACACCUGUGAUUUUCCACAUGUAUACAUAGUAAACAACAUCAAGCUGUUUGUUGGUGCAGCUCCAGAGCCGAGCAUCUCCAUAGUUGAGGUCACAGACGUCGGGGUGCAGCUGCGGUGUGACGUCCGUGGAGCUUCCCCUCAGCCGAAGCUUCAGUGGUUCAACGCCGAUGGAAACGUCCUCCCUGCAGAUGAGCCGCAAGUCUCAGACCGAGGAGACGUCGGCCUCCAGGCCACCGUGACCUCCACCUCCACCAACCGCUUCACAUGUGUCGCCACGCAGGACGAGAUCGGCCACCAGAUCGAUGCCAACAUCACUCUUCCUGAGAAACUGUUCAAGGACACGUCAAGCAAAGUGGACAUCACAGGAUGGUUGGGAGGAACUGUUUUGGGAAUUUCUCUUGUUCUUGUAGUUCAAAUGUUCCUUGUAUGGGCAAAGAUCAUCAAAAUACGCCGUAGAAAAG